AUGAUCAAGCCAAUUGUCACAGAGAACGCCCUCAUCAAUGGAAGCCGUGUCGCCUAUGGUGUCUAUGGCAAGGGCAAACCUGUUGUUCUUCUUCACGGCACACCAUCUUCAUCCCUCAUAUGGCGCAACAUCGUCCCUAAGCUUGUCGACGCCGGUUAUAAAGUCCACCUAUUUGACCUUCUUGGCUUUGGUGUAUCCGAGCGUCCUUGGAACCCAGCUGUCGACACUUCCAUGACAGGCCAAGUUUCUGUUCUGGAAGGCCUUUUAGAACUGUGGAGCUUGGAGAAGAUACAUAUUAUUGCUCAUGACAUUGGAGGUGGUAUUGCGCAGCGCUUCUCGGUCUUUUCACCCGAAAGAGUUUUGUCGCUUGCACUCAUCGAUGUCGUGAGCUUCGAUAGCUAUCCCUCCAAACGGACAAAGGAGCAGAUGCAAAACGGGCUUGAAUCUCUUAUUAAGACGGAUAGUGACAAACAUAGAGACCAUUUUAGGGAGUGGUUACUGUCCGCCGUCAAAAGCCCAGCAAAGUUUGAGGAGUCGAGUCUCGGCACUUAUCUCAACUACAUCUCUGGUCCGAUCGGACAAUCCAGUCUAUUCGAGCAUCAAGUUCGACACUAUGAUCCUAAACAUACAAUGGAGGUGGUACCACGUCUUGGAGAGCUGGGUAAGCUACCUGUACAGUUAAUAUGGGGAGCGGAUGAUGCUUGGCAGGUAGUCGAUUGGGCUCAUAAACUACACGAUGCAAUUCCUGGAUCAGAGCUUACUAUUUUGGAUGAUGCUGGGCACUUUUCACCUGAGGAUCAGCCUGAGAAGACGUCUGAGCUGCUUGUUAGCUUCCUAGCAAAGCAUUGA